UCCCGGAGUGCCUUGCGGCUGUAAUGGCUGCCCCCAGCCGGCGCGGGGCUGCGCUUUUUCAAGCGGCGUUAGGGGUCUGGCAGCUGGGCCCUGUCGCCGCCGGGGAGUGGGCGAGCCGGUUCACCUCGUCCUUGGGCUGUCAGCGGAAGUGCGUAUCCUGUGUCGCCGGCGCCGCUUUCUCUGGUCCCCUCCUGGCCUCGGCCUCUAGGCGUUAUGGCCAGAGCUCAGCCCUGGACCGCUUCCUCGGACUCGGUGAGCCCGACAGAUCGUUGACUCCUGGCGUCCGCGCCGUGCCCGUGCACAAAGAUGAGCAGGAUCUCCUCUUGGUUCAUCACCCCGACAUGCCUGAGAACCCCCGGGUCCUACGAGUGGUCCUCCUGGGUGCCCCGAAUGCAGGGAAGUCAACACUCUCCAACCAGCUGCUGGGCCGAAAAGUGUUCCCUGUCUCCAAGAAGGUGCACACCACUCGCUGCCAAGCUCUGGGGGUCAUCACAGAGAAAGAGGCCCAGGUGAUUCUACUUGACACACCUGGCCUCAUCAGCCCCAUUAAACAGAAAAGGCACCAUCUGGAGCUCUCUUUGUUGGAAGAUCCAUGGAAGAGCAUGGAAUCUGCUGAUCUGGUUGUGGUUCUUGUGGAUGUCUCGGACAAGUGGACUCGGAACCAGCUCAGCCCCCAGGUGCUCCAGUGCCUGACCCAGUUCUCCCAAGUGCCCAGCGUCCUUGUCAUGAACAAGGUAGAUUGCCUGAAGCAGAAAUCAGUUCUCCUGGAGCUCACAGCAGCCCUCACUGAAGGUGUGGUUAACGGCAAGAAGCUCAAGAUGAAGCAGGCCUUCCGCUCACAGCCAGGCACUCAUUGCCCCAGCCCAGCAGCUAAGGGCUCAGACACACAGUCUGUGGGAGGCCCUCAGAAGAUUGGCUGGCCCCACUUCCAGGAGAUCUUCAUGUUGUCAGCCCUAAGCCAGGAGGAUGUGAACACACUAAAGCAAUACCUUCUGGCACAGGCCCAGCCAGGGCCCUGGGAGUUCCACAGUGGAGUCCUCACCAGCCAGACGCCUGAGGAGAUCUGCACCAACAUCAUCCGAGAGAAGCUCCUAGAGCACCUGCCCCAGGAGGUGCCCUACAAUGUGCAGCAGAAGACAGUCGUGUGGGAAGAAGGGCCAAGCGGGGAGCUGGUGAUUGUACAGAAGCUUUUGGUGCCCAAAGAAUCUCAUGUGAGGAUCCUGAUUGGUCCGAAGGGGCACCUGAUCUCCCAGAUCGCACAGGAGGUGGGCCGUGACCUCAUGGAUAUCUUCCUCUGCGAUGUUCAGCUCCGCCUCUCUGUGAAGCUCCUCCAGUGACCACCCUUUGCUGCCCCUCCCAAGUCAUCCCAGUCCAAGCUACUGGCAGGAGCCACUGACCAGAACUGCCCCUGCCCGGGGCCUGCACAGACUAGUGAGGAGCAUGGACACUAAUUGGCUGCUGGCUGGCCUGGCCUUGCAGAGUCUGCACAGCCCCGGCCCAGCCAUGUCUCCUGUUGGAGGAAGGAACCUACUUUAGCUCAGUUUCCAGGUGGUUCCUCUGCCUGGGGCCCCAGCUACUUAGGUCUUAGAAGUUGGAUCUUUGGUAGGAGCAGUGCCACAUGGCUUCCAACUGGCCUCGGGCCCAGAGUUUCUCCCUGAGUUGCCAGUUGUUAGAUCUUUUUCCUCUCCCCUCAGUUCUUCCACCUUGAAGCCGCAUAAGGGCCCAUGUGUCCUGGGUGAGAUAGUGCCCCCCACCUGCUCCCCAAGUUUUUGAUCCCUCCCACCCCAUCCCUCUCCCCACUCUCAGAUACUAAUAAAGUUAA